CGAACCAGAUCAGUGACGAAAUUAAGCAAAGAAGCAUCAAGUCAUUGAAGGAUUCGGCAUGAAACUUUGUUGAGGAUCUCCAACCAUCAUGUGGACACAUCGAGGGCGGCAAUCGGUGACGACCGUCGUCACCACCUCUUCACGUCGCCUUGCCAGAAGCAACCGGUCUAUCGCCACGCCGUGGCGGAGAUCUUAUGCCAGCAGUAACAAAGGAUCGGAGCCGUCGACCAACGCGCACUGGAUCCGGAACUCCCUGGGCGUGGCAGGUGCAGGUACUGCUGCCGUUCUGAUUUACGAAUAUGCUACUUCCCACCAAAACCAGAUUGAGAGUGCAUCGGAGAAGGUCAAAGACCUCUCCAAGUCGGCUGAAGAGCUGAGCUUGCAGUACGUGCAGCAUAAAAGAAGCGUUAAGAGCCCUGGAGUGUAUGUCUGGGGCACGAAUGCCUAUCGUGUGGUUGAUCCGAACUCCAAGGAAUCGGUUGUGAAGACUCCCCGAAAAUUCGCCUAUUUUGAAGGCCAGGUGCUGAGGGAUCUUAAGCUCGGAGAGAAAUCUGGGGCGGCCAUUACUGGGAAUGGCGACCUGGUGCAAUGGGGCAAAGGCUACUCGGAGACUGAAUUCAAACCCGCAAAGACCCUCACUGGCAAGAAUCUGACUUCGCUGUGCAUGUCGAACGACCGGAUCCUUGCAUUGUCCUCCGACGGCAACAUCUACUCCCUGCCCAUUGCCAAAGAGGACCAACUGACUGGCCGCAAGCUCAAGGAAGGAUCUUGGGUGCCUUUCUGGUCAGGGACGGCUGGCGUCAGCUAUCGCGUGCUCCAGCCCAGCUUGAAGUUGGGUGAGCGCAUCACAGCUCUCAGCGGCGGGCUAGACCAUGCCCUCCUCUUAACCAGCUCCGGUCGGGUUUUCUCCGUUGCUUCUUCUACCGAGAACUAUCCUUCCUUCGGGCAACUGGGUGUUCCGGGCUUGACCUGGGCUACUCGGCCUAACGGACCAGUGGACACCCUCCACGAGGUCACGGCGCUGAAGGGCUCGAAAAUCGUCCAGAUUGCUGCGGGUGACUAUCACUCGCUCGCGUUGGACAAAGACGGCAACGUGUUUGCCUUUGGCGAUAAUUCCUUUGGACAAUUAGCCAAGGAAUUCAACCCGGCCUCGCCGUUUUGCGAUACUCCCACUCUGGUGCCGAUCCGGAACCUCUACCGGGGUCCCUGGUUGGCCAAGGCCACUCGGGUUGCGGCUGGAGGUGCCAACAGCUUCUUCACCGUGGAUGCGCAGCGCAUUGCCGGCUCCAAUGAGAACCCCGCCACCAUGCGUGACCUGGGCCGCAUUACAGCCGAUACAUGGGCUUGCGGCCGGGGCAUCUGGGGUGCCCUCGGUACCGGAAAAUGGAUCCAUGUGCAGGACUCUCUGGCCAAGGUGAAGGCAUUGAGUGGUCUGUCUGAAUACGACGAGAAAACCAAGAGCCUCUUGCCCAUUCGUAUCCAUGACAUCUCGGUUGGCACGACACACGUCUCGGCGGUCAUGGACAACAAGACGCAUGUAGACGCGGCUCCCACGACCUCCUUGGAUGACACCAACGAUUGGGGAUAUGACGCGCUCUGGUGGGGAGGCAACGAGCACUUCCAACUGGGCACAGGCAAACGCAGCAACCUGUCAAAGCCAAACUACAUUCACGCCCCUCCAGAGGGCAAAGGCGCCGAGGAUCAGCAGGAAGCGCGACUUCAGAUCAUGCCCCGGCACAAGGCCAAGGCCGACGGUCGCACCGUGAGUAUGGAACAGCGCGUCGAGUGUGGGCGACAUAUCUCUGCCAUCUACUCUGCCGUAUAGUUGUCUUCUUGUCCUUUCUUCCAUGUAUGAUGAACACUAUGUAUAUUAGCCAUAUUUUCUGGGGCGUGUCCGCGGGGGUUUGGGGGGUUCGAAAAGUCUCAAUCUAGGGCUGUAAUAUUAUUGACCGAUUCUCUGCCGGACCCUCCGCCGAUGCGAGGGAAGAAGUACCGACCGAUAGAUACUCCGUAGUGGCCAUGACUGCAAUCCGAUCGAUCACAGUUCGGA